UAACCGUGUUAAGAGUUUGGAAGAAGGCUACUGAGAUUGCACUUUAGAAAUGUGUAUUUGGUGUAAAAAAGGCUGUAGUGUGCUCAGCUCAAUCUGUUUGCCUUUGGAUGUUGAAACAUUUGAUUGUGGAAUGAAGCACACAUUGAAAUUCUGGACUUCAAUCAGGACUUCACUUUUCAUAUGCAACUGUUUUCAGCAUGUGAUGGAUCUCAACUUGCAAAUGCCAGAGUACUCACAGCCAGGUGAGGACUGAUUUUGGAAACCUCUGAUAACCUCUCAGCAGCACCGAGCGAGUGCACGAUCCUGCUCCACUGUCUCCCCCACCCCAUCGCUACUGCCGUAUAGAGCUUGUGCUUUGCAAAACCUUGGCUAUUAUCCGUGGUGAUCGAAAAGCCUGUGUAACAUUUGGAGCAAAUGGUGGCUUCCCACGAGGCAUAAAAACCCAAUAAAACAAAACCAAACCAAACCAAAACAAAAAACAAACAAAAAACCAAAAAAACCAAAAAACAUAUAUAUAUAUAUAGUCCUGAUUAUAUUUCUGGAGAACAGUGGGUGAACAUUUUUGUUUUCAUCUACAAAUUUAAGGGUGGCGGGGCCAUAAGGCAACUCAGCCCAGGGUCACAGCACGGCUGCUGGGCCCCUCCGCCGGCCCUGCAUCCCGGCCGCGCUCCGGCCCUACACCGAGGCGGGCAGGCGGGCAGGCAGGGCCCCACCCCGGCCGAGGCCGUCCCACCAAGAGCCGCGGCCUCCCGGGAGCGGGCGGCCCUGGAGCGGCGCUCAGGGAGGGUCAGGUCCGAGCCGGCUGCGGGCCCCGGGAGCUCGACGCGGUGAGUGUCUGGGUACGCCGGACUCCGGCGAGCCCGCGCCGUGAGGCCGUAGCUGAGGCGGGGCCGGCGCGGCGGCGGGGCCGGGCUGGGGGCGGUGGAGGCCGGGCCGGGCGGCAUGAUCGGCACCGUGCUCUGCUAUGUGCUGCUGCCGGCGGCGCGGCUCCUCCAGGCCGUCCGAGAUGCUUUCUCUACCUGUCAAAAGAAUGUGCUUCUGGCAAAGAGCCCGUCCACCCAGAUAGAAGGUGUCUUUGCUGCAACCACAGGAAGAUCAGUCCCAGAAGAGCAAGAAGCCCUUCUCCAGCAGUGGCUGGAGGAAGAAGUAGGGAAUUUGCCAGCCAUUGAGAGUGUUCCAGCAGCAAGGAGAGUAUCAGUUACACUCACUAGUGCCUGGUUAGAAGGUGCAGAGCUAUUGAUGACCAGCCUCAGUGACCUGAAUACAUCUCCAGAAGUCACCCAGUGUGCUGAUCAGCAGCUCUCGGAGCUAAACACCUUGGCUUCUUCAGAACUGCAAGAUCAUGCAGUGGCUGAACUGGCAAGAUUACCAGCAGAGGAAACAGUGACUGUAGCAGGCAGUGCCCCUUGGGAAGCUGUGGUGCCACAGACAGAUCACCAGACAGCUGGCUGUGCUGCUGUCAGUGUGGAAGUGCUGAAUGAUGACCCAGCUGUGCUGGCCUGGAGUUUAGAAUGUGAUGCAGAGACAGUGCCACCAGUGCUCCCAGCCCAGCCCAUUCAGGAUGCAGUGCCAUUUUAUCCUGUCCCAAUAGAGGUGCCCUACCAUGAGAUCUUAUGGAGAGACUGGGAGGAUCUUUCUGUCCAGCCCUGUGUCUUAGAGCAGGUCUCAAAAAACACUUCUCUCUUUGAAUUUCGGGUCAUGUCUUACAACAUCCUUGCCCAGGACCUGGUGGAGCAGGGUCUUGAUCUCUAUGUGCACUGUAAUCCAGACAUCCUGAGCUGGAACUACCGCCUUCCAAACCUUUUGCAGGAGAUCCAGCAUUGGGAUCCUGACGUUCUGUGUCUCCAGGAGGUGCAAGAGAACCAUUACUGGGAGCAACUGGAACCGACAUUCAAGGAGAUGGGCUUUGCAUGCUUCUAUAAACGGAGAACUGGGACGAAGACAGAUGGAUGUGCAGUGUGUUAUAAGCACAGCAGGUUCCAGCUGAUCAGCCUCAGCCCUAUAGAAUUCUUCCGGCCUGGCCUGGACAUCCUCAACCGGGAUAAUGUGGGCUUGGUGCUGCUGCUACAGCCUGUGCUCUCAGAGGACCUAGGUCUGAAGGAAGUCAGUCCUUUGUGUGUGGCCAACACUCAUGUGUUGUUCAAUCCCCGUCGAGGAGAUAUCAAACUGGCCCAGGUGGCCUUGCUGCUAGCAGAGAUUGACAAAAUUGCAAGAACUACUGAUGGCAGCUACUAUCCUGUCAUCUUGUGUGGAGACCUGAACUCUGUGCCUGAUUCUCCACUCUACAAAUUCAUCCGAAAUGGUGAACUUUCUUACCAUGGGAUGCCAGCCUGGAAGGUGUCUGGUCAGGAAGACUUUUCCCAACAAUUGUAUCCACGGAAACUGCUGGCCCCACUGUGGCCAAGCUCAUUGGGUGUAACAGACAAAUGCCAGUAUGUCACCCUGUGCCAGCCAAAGAAAUUUGGGAGACGUGAAUACAGCCGUGACUUCCUGCUGCAGUUCCGCUUUUGCGAUGUUGCCUGUGAACGACCACCACAGCUGGUCCUCUUGGAAGGUGUGACAGAUGCUAAACCAGACCGCCCUGCGCACUGGCCCAAGCCUACUGCCAUGGUGAAAGACCCUGAUCCCCAGCCAUUCAUUCCAAGGUGUUCAGGUGUUAUCCAGCAUGGCCUCAACCUGACAUCUGUCUACAGCCACUUCUUGCCGCACAGGGGACGCCCGGAGGUCACAACGAUGCCCAUGGGGCUUGGAGCCACUGUUGAUUACAUUUUCUACUCAGCAGAGCCUGUGGAGAACAAGGCGGGUCGCAGGCUGUACAAGGAUGGAGCCCUGAAGCUGCUUGGCCGUCUUUCUCUUCUUUCUGAAGAUGUCCUCUUGAUGGCAAAUGGCUUACCAAACCCUUUUUGUUCAUCUGACCAUCUCUGCCUGCUGGCUAGCUUUGGCUUGGAGAUCUCCAGCCUCAGAAAGAGUUAGUGUUGUUCCCUUUCCCUAAAGAAAAGCUGUUCUGAAUACAGCAGUUGAGACUCUGGAUUGCACAACCUGCUUGCAAGAAAACCUUUUCCUUGUCAUGCCCUAAAAGUCCUUUUCUCACCUCACACCCUUACUAAAAGCAGGGAUGGGAGAGUUGGAGUGCUUCUUGCAUUGAUAUUUUCUGUAUCUCUGCAAACCUGAACUGUGUUUGCAGUGGGCUGCCAGGUGUAUUGAGGCAUUAGCAUCUCUUAAAGGGAUCAUUGUUUCACUGCCUUGUUUAGCAGUGCUGCAGGAACCAACACAACUCCCAUGUUUGUUUGUCCCUGUGUGAGAUUUUCAAGGAGCUGAAAAAGAGAGGGACAAUGCUCUCUGCUUUUGGUUAGUUUAAUUGCUACUAAGGAGCAUGGGAUGUAUAUUCCAAUACUUGUUCACACCAAAACAAUAGUUCUUUUAAUUUCUCAGUAGUAGUUCAGUACUUUCAGGGCUAGUUAUUACUUUGCCUUUUAGAUUGGAUCUGCUAACUGCUUAGAAAUGUCUUUUACUUAAUGAUCUGUAAGGGCUGACUUGCUGACAGAAGGUUUUGUGUGGUGUAACAGUUUUUACAAGAAACUGCUUGCUGUAACUAAUGGACCAGGGAAUGGGAUUGCUAGAAAUGGAGCCAGGGGUUCUACAGUGCUACCCACAGUAGCUCUAGAAUUGCAGCAAAAGACUAGAGGCCUUGGGGAAGGCUUCUUUCCUUUCUAGCAGUCUCAGAAUGGUACCUAAUUUGUCAUUUUUAGCAAAAAUAUUUAGGAUCAUCCCAGUGAAUACCUUAUCAAAAUAAUUACCCUGUAAGGCAUGACAACCCCAGAAGGCUAUAACUGUGGAUGUCCCUGAAGAGAGAUGAAAAUGGAAGGCAUGUGAGAGUCAGCAGAGCCAUCAGAUGGAAGAGCUGGUCUUGUCACUUGCCCUGUUUUUCUCUGUGCUCUCCCCAUUGCGUUGAGCCUGCCAGGGGCCAAUAGCCAACCUGUAGCAUCCAUCUCCUGUGCCAGAUUGAAGGCCAUGCUGCAUCCUUCUUCUGGACCCAGCCAUGUUUAGGUGUAGAUAGAACCAUUAGGAUCAACUCCUGUCUCUUGGCAUGUGUUCGGAGGAAGUGGAAGGCUGUGUAACUUGGAGCCAGACUGCAGUCACUUGGAUCCCAGCAUACUUCUGGUGUCCUGUAGGUGUGCUUUUCUUAGCAGUGGCUUGGCCAGUACAAAAGCAGUCAAGCUGUACCUGUUCCUAGAGUAAAUUCCCCAGUUCAACCUGACAUUUGGUGCUCAAUUUUUCCCUAAGAGAUAAAACCAAUAUUGGCAGAAACCAAUAUUGGUAGAAACAUUAUCAAUCUUCUGUUCACAAGCAAGGCAGGAAAUCCGCUCUCACCUCAGGUUUUUGCUGGAGGGUGCAGGAGACUUGAAACAUUGUUUGUUCUUCACGGUCUGUAUUGAGGGACUUUGAUAUUUUAAAUGUUACUUUCUUUAUUGAAAAAUAAAAUACUGCUAAUCUAAAAAAAUACCACAAAGUAACUGAGGCACCUUGUAUUUCUGGCAGCUGUACCUCUGAAGAAUUCAGGACAAGGCUUUGCUGGCUGCAAGGUGAAAGAGGGCAAAUCGGCUACGCAAGAAAGUAAUGAGGGUUGAAGAGAGGGAAGAAGUAAGCCUAGUUUAAUCUCCCA